UUCUCCGCACGAAUACCGAGAGAAACCGAACGGGUGUUCUUCGUGUUCUUCAUAAUCAAACAAGGAUUUGAAGGCGUUAUUGGAAUCCUAUGGAGGCGUAUAAAUAGUCAAAACGAAGCUCUUGAUGAGUAGAAUCUAGUAUAAUCAUCCGUUUAUAUGCAGAUUGAACAGGAUUUGGACGAGACGUAUACGAUUGAAGACAUUCAGAAGGUCAAACGAUGUUGCAAAGCGAAUAAGGAACGAGUCGAGAAAGCGAAGCUGUACUACGAAUAGGAUAUAUCCAGAGAUGGUCUGGAGGUUAUGAUAUGCAUAGAUUGUGAGUUGGAAAGAUGAAAUUAAGCUAUGUGUGUGGAAGCAGAUUUAAGGCAAGUUUUCCUAAAUCCUUCCUCAUAUAUAUAUUGCAUGCUCUGAUUAUUCUGUCAAGAUUAUGAUAUUGUUUAUACUGAAACCCUUCUCAAAUAAACCCUUACUUCUGAGAAUGAAACCCAUGCUUGUUUUCUUCUUCCAAAUUUUGAAAAGCCAAACACCUAAUUACUCUCAAUUUCUAUUACAAGUAUUCUGAUCCAUUCCUUCCAACCCUCAAGAUUUUAACAAUGUCAGCUUUACAAAUUAAUUCGAAGUUCAGAUUGUCAUUGAAGCAUGUGUUGCUCAGUGAUAGUUAGAACUUAGAAUGAAUUGAGAUCUUCUUGAUUAUUCAAUCCACCAUUGUCAUGCUAGUUAACUUAGCCGAUGAUGGAGGAUACUGAAUAGUUAAGGAUUUCUUGAAUUUUGAUUUAUAAAAGGAUGAUUCUUAAAAGUUGGUUUGGAAUAUUUCUGUUGUGGAUAAUGAUUAUGAUUCUGUUCUGUUGAUUGAUUUGUCUAUUGAUUUAAAUUGUUAGAAUUGGAUUAGUUUUUAUAAAAUAUGUGGACCAGAUUCGUGGUCAAUUAUAGGCCAAUGUGUGCCUUGGAUCCAGUAUAGAGAACAGGGCUGUGUGCCAUGUUCGGGGUUAGUGCGUGACUGAUCAGCAGCCUAACCUUUGGUUUUUAAGUAAAAAUGUGAUGAAUCCAAUUCGACAAUUCUUCUAUAAGUUUGAAUUCUGAUUUCAAUUGCUGAUAAGAAUUGUGAAGUUUUCAAUUACAUAUCUUGAUCUUGUGAACCCUGAUAAGAUAUUCAGGACUAUUAUUGCUUAUAUACACUUGCUGAGCAUUGUUGCUCACCCUUGCUAUUCCUUUUUAACCAUUUCAGAAAAGCUUAAAGAUGAACUGCAUGAUUGAGAUUGCGAGUAUGGCUAAGGCUAGGCGAGAAGUCAGAGUAUAGAGUAUACAGAGGACAAGUGGAAAUGUUCAGGGAGAUUGUCAAGGUUGGUUCUAGAUAAAAUUGUUGAGAUUGAGUUGUAAUCAUAAUUUAAAUAGAUUGGCAGUGAUUCUUCUCAUCGAAGAUGAUCUGAGGUUGUAAGACAUUAUUUAUUUAUAGUGGUUGAUUCUAAUUUCAAUACUGUGACCUGGAUGCGAUCCUGUUUUUAGGGGGUUAAAGUGUUUUCUUUUAAAUCUUUUAUUAAGGUCUUCAAGUUUUAAAUCCUUUGAUUUUAUUAUCUUUUCAAAGAAAUACAGGUUUUCAAAAGUGUUUUAAAAUGGCUUUGUCUGGUGACGUCAGAAUCCAGACCCCUGGAUUCUCGGGCUGUCACAAAAACUGAACCAUAUUAAUUAUAUAACGACUUAAGACAUUGUUAUAUUAAUUAAUUAUAAUCUGAUUAACAAGUUAUAUUCUAAUCAGAUUUACCUCCGCGAUUAUUUGGUAUCGAUUGUAUUCAACCCCCCCUUCUACAAUCGUAUCUGGACCUAACAAUUGGCAUUAGAGCAGUUAAUACAAAUAUACCGUAUCAGAUCCUAUCCACACUCUGUAACAUCCAAAUAUUUUUUAUUCGAAUUAAUUUUAUUCCAAAACUUAAUUCUGAUUUAAAAUAUUUUUCUUUCAAAAAUCCAAAUCUCAUCCAAACACUAUUCAGCAAGGAACAUUUUGGCCUAUGGAAGAGGCAUAUGUUAUUAUUCCUCCGAAUUGUGAACAGAAAAUUUAUUGGAAUAUUAAACAAGGGUGUUACUACUCCGAUGAAACUCAUACUUGCACACGAAGAGGAUGGUGUGCUGAUACCUCAUAAGACUGUUCCGAAAGAACUUUCUGAAUACACAGAUGAAGAGAGUUAACAAAUGAACUUAGAUGACGCUCUUCAACUGAUUUUGGUUGAAUCUCUAGCUCCAGUCAUGUACAAUGUUGUUGUAAAUUGUACGAACGCAAAGCAAAUCUGGGAUACACUAGAGAUUAUAAACAAAGGCUCAGAAAAAGUCAGAGAAAACAAGAAAGAGAUACUGAUGGCUCAGUAUGAACAGUUUGGUUCCAAUCCCGGUGAAGGGAUUUCAGAAGUGUUUAUCAGACUUAAUAACCCGAUUAAUAAUUUAAAUCUGAAUGGGAAAUACUACGACAAGAAAGAGGUUAAUACGAAGUUUCUCUUAACACUUCCUGAACAUCUGGAACACAGAAUCACUGCUAUCAGGGAAAGUAGAGAUCUAAAUGAAAUAUCUGUAGAAAAACCAUACGGAGUUCUGAAGACUUAUGAACUGGAACAAGUUCAGACUAAGCAGAGAUAUGGCUGGGGUAAAACACUGAGUAACUCGAGAGCUCUAGUUGUUGAAUCACCUACACCGGAAGAAAACAAAGAUGUUGUUGCUCCUUCUAAAACCACUCAGGAAUUUGUUGUACCUGAGAUGGGUCAGACUGCUUCUUUUAGUGGUGAUGAAGAGUUCUACACAAUGGAAGAGCUAGAACAGUUAGAAGAUCAAUCUCUGUCACUGUUUGCCAAGAAGUUUGGAAACAUGAGAUUCCGGAAGCACCCUUCUUACAAAUACAAACAUACCGCUAGCAAGUUUCAAAAGGGAGGUUAUUCAUCUUCUACAAGCAAAGGAGGAUACAAGACUCGGAUGGUGGACAGAAGCAAGUUUAAAUGUUUCAACUAUGCUGAACCAGGACACUUUGCAACUGAAUGCAAACAGCCCAUGGUUCAGGGAAAGAGAAAAGAUUCCUACGACGAGCUGAAGCAGAAGUAUGAUGCCUUAAUGAGAAAGCAUCAGGGUACUUCUGGAGGUCAAAGCUUCAAGAGCAAAUCAUAUCUAUUAGAAGGGAAAAGCUGGGAUGAUACAGAUAGUGAUGAAGAGGAGCAGCUUGGGAAUGUUGCUUUCAUGGCCAAUGCCGGAUCAUCUUCACCUCCUCCUGCUGGAAGCUUUCAGGUAGAUCCUUCAUGCCCCAAACCUUUUAUGCAAUUAGGACUAGAAAGAGAUGAUGCUAUAAGAAAGUUGAAGGCUUCCAAUCUUAAGAAUAAUGCUUUAGUCUUAGAUAUUCAUGCUUAUAAAAUGAAUGAGAUGAAAGUAUUAAAGCCUAAAAUUGAACAACUGACUAUGGAUUUAGAAUUACAAUUUGCUAAAGUCAGAUUUCUAGAGAAGAAGCUGCAAGAAACAGAGAUCUUCCGCUGCUGCGAUCUGUUUUCAAGGGUGCUGCACUGUUUUGGCCGUAUUUUUUGCAUGCGAUGUCCGAUUUGGGCGAACGAGCACUUUUCAGAGACGGAAGAACGAGGCGGACCAAAUGUGAUGUUUUCGAGGCUGUUUUUUGGAAGUUUUCCAGGCAUUCUGAGGUCGUUUAGGCCUCCAAACGGGCUCUCGAAGUUUUCUGGAAUCUUUCGAAGGAUGAAUUCGAAGCUGUAUUUCCAGGGGCCAUAA